AUGUCCGCUUCAGAGGUUGCCGCCACACAUAACCUAGUUUUCGCCGGGAUAACUGAUUCCGGUGCUAUUAUCAUUAACGGGGUUAUGCUGGAUUCUUAUCAUUUGAGCACCAGCUUGUCUUUUCAUCAUAUAGAAUCUGUCACAAAAUUCACUGCUGAAGAGACAUCACCUGAACGUGAGCAAGCCACCGAUGAAUCAGGUAUCACUGCUGGAGCUCCGGCAGUAACGCCUGUAUUUCAGGGUGGAAGUAUGAGUGAGGAAACUAUUUCAGCGACAGAGCAGUGGGAGAACCACACAAUGACCGCAGGAUUGGAUCCACGGAUCCAGGCUCAAUUAGAACGGAAGCAUGAACAAGAUAAUGAUAUGAUGGAACCAAUUGCUUUGAGCGGUCCGUUUGAGCGCAAACGAACGUCAUCGCUUGUUGCAGCACUCCUUUCUGGAGAUCGCGAACCCGGAUAUAAAGCAUAUGUGCAAUUUGUGAGUCCCAGUGGUGUAGCACAAGUGAUCGAAGCCUGUGAUAAUGAGGAGGAGUUCGAUGGGAUGGAGCGAUCUGUUGAGUCAGUUGUAGGCCGUUUGCUCUUCACUCUGAGUUCGCUGAAAAUGAGCGACCCUGAUCGGCACGCAGCUGCAAUUCAUCGCUUGCAGGAUCUUGAAGAGGAAUUGCGCGCCGCCGGGGCUGUUUGUCCUCCAGAUACUACUGCUUCAAAUGCUAUCUCCAAGAUGCUUGCCUCAGCAUCGCCCACUUCUGAUAUUCAGAUUCGUAUUAAUUCUUCUCAGUAUAUCACUACAACGAAAUCUGUUUUUGAAACGGAGACGCCUGGCAUGGAAGGUCUUGAUGCAGCAACAGUGCAGCACUUGCAACAACAGCUUAUAUCAAACAUGAGUGUGCCGGAAACUCCUUUAUCUUCAGAACCAAGUGCGCCAACAGUAACCGAUCAGAAGCAUGAAACCAUGGCGGAGGGCUUCACCAAUGAGGACGGCUCUGCGGUUGUGUCAAAGAAGAUGACGCGCGUUGUAACUACAACACGGACAACACUUCCAGGAGAUUUGAUACGAUUGAAAGUGAACGAGCAGGUGUACUCGGGCAGUGUGGAUCCCGGUGAUCAGCACAUACAUUUGGUACCAAUUACUAAGCAGCAGCAAAAGCUGGAUUCAAUCGAGCAGCAACAACAGCAAGAGCGGCAGUAG